GUCAACAGUGCGAUAAAUGAUAGCAAGGCAAGAGGGAGGCAAGGCAGGGUGAGAGUGAGAUCGCUGAGAUGGACAUCAGCGAGGUGCUGGGCGCAACGGCGGAGUGGGCGGUCACCUUGGUGGCCAUGGCUGUGGGUCUCCUGGUGGUGGCCUACUUGUACGAGCCGUACCGGAAGGUUUGGCACGUGCCGGGUCCCGUGCCUCUGCCGCUCAUCGGCCACCUCCACCUGCUCGCCAUGCACGGGCCGGAUGUGUUCUCCGUUCUCGCUAGGAAGCACGGUCCUGUCUUCAGAUUUCACAUGGGAAGGCAACCACUGAUCAUUGUGGCGGAUGCGGAGCUGUGCAAGGAAGUGGGCGUGAAGAAAUUCAAGAGCAUUCCAAAUCGAAGCAUGCCCUCCCCCAUUGCCAAUUCUCCUAUCCAUAAGAAAGGGUUGUUCUUCAUAAGGGGACCGAGGUGGACGUCGAUGAGAAAUAUGAUCAUCUCCAUCUACCAGCCGUCGCACCUGGCCAGCCUGAUCCCCACCAUGGAGUCGUGCAUUCAGCGUGCGUCCAAGAACCUCGACGGCCAGAAGGAGAUCACCUUCUCCGAUCUCUCUCUCAGCCUCGCCACCGACGUGAUCGGCCUCGCGGCGUUCGGCACGGACUUCGGCCUGUCAAAGCUGCCAGUCACACCUGACGACAGCAACAUAGACAAGAUCGCCGCUGAUACCAGCGUGGAGGCUAAGGCAUCGUCGGAGUUCAUCAAGAUGCACAUGCACGCGACCACAUCUCUCAAGAUGGACCUGUCCGGAUCGCUCUCCAUACUCGUCGGUAUGCUCCUACCGUUCCUCCAAGAGCCGUUCCGGCAAGUGCUCAAGAGGAUUCCCGGCAUGGGGGACUACAAGAUCGACCGGGUCAACCGCGCGCUGAAAACACAUAUGGACAGCAUCGUCGCCGAGAGGGAGGCGGCAAUGGAGCACGAUCUUGCGGCGUCGCAGCAGCGCAAGGACUUCCUGUCCGUCGUGCUCACGGCGAGGGAGUCUAACAAGUCAUCGAGGGAGCUGCUCACGCCGGACUACAUCAGCGCGCUCACCUACGAGCACCUCCUCGCCGGGUCGACCACGACGGCGUUCACCCUCUCCACGGUGCUCUACCUCGUCGCGAAGCACCCGGAGGUGGAGGAGAAGUUGCUCAAGGAGAUUGACGCGUUCGGCCCCCGCUACUGCGUGCCGAUGGCCGACGAUCUGCAGACCAAGUUCCCGUACCUUGAUCAGGUUGUGAAGGAAUCGAUGAGAUUCUACAUUAUGUCGCCAUUGCUAGCCAGGGAAACACUUGAACAAGUCGAAAUUGGAGGAUAUGUCCUCCCAAAGGGAACGUGGGUGUGGUUGGCACCAGGAGUGCUAGCGAAGGAUCCUAAGAACUUCCCGGAGCCAGAAAUAUUCCGGCCGGAACGGUUCGACCCCAAUGGCGAGGAGGAGAGGAGGAGGCACCCGUACGCGUUCAUCCCGUUCGGGAUAGGACCAAGGGUGUGCAUCGGCCAGAAGUUCUCCAUCCAGGAGAUCAAACUGUCAAUGAUCCACCUCUACCGCCAUUACGUGUUCCGGCACUCGCCUAGCAUGGAGUCCCCUCUCGAGUUCUAGUUCGCGAUCAUCUGUGACUUCAAGUAUGGCGUCAAGCUUCAGGCCAUCAAGAGGCACCAUGCGUAGGCACA